UAAUCAACCUUUCGUGAAGGGUGCACUGCUACGGUCCUUGAGUUGUAACACGGACGCAGUGGGCUCUAAUGAGCCACAACCAAAUUUCAAUACCACUGUGUCUACAAAGCAAAACCCCGUUGCUUUAUAAAACCGCAACAUACACCCCCGUUAAUGCAAUCUCAACCCCUCUACACUGAAUUCAGUCACCCACCACCAUCACUUCUUUUUUCCGCCCCUCGACAAAAGAUUUCUACCAACUCACCAUCCACCAUGACCGCCAUUACCGCCAUUACCCCGACCUCUACGCCUCUCUGCAAGACUUGCGACUGUGACUGUUAUACAAAACUCCUCGAGACCAUUAUGGCUGAGAACCGCGAGCUCAAGCGAAGACUCGACAAAGCUCAGCAGCCACACCUCCGCCAGCUCGAGCACCAGCUCCAAUGCUUCUUUGUCUACAUGGUCUGCGCCGUGAGCUACUGGAUAAUCGCCCAGACGUUUGUAGAUGAUCAUCCGCUCGUGGCAUUUGGGUCAUGGCUCUUGUUCGCUGCGGUAAGUUGCGACGCGUUCAUGGCAGGUUUCGCUUUGGGCAUGUAUGUGAGGAGCUGACGAAAAUGUAGGUGACUGUCUAUAUAUUAGUGCUUUUUGAUCAAGAAGUUCCGCUUUCGUGAUUCGAAGGAAGUUAUGUUCGACAUGAGGGGGGCGCAAGGAAUGAAUCGGAUUGGGAAAAUUCCUUUUGACGGUCGUGAAUGGAGCUUCUUCGCUGACUUCUCGUUGACUUCGUUGCAGUUGGGCGUGAGAGGAUUUCCUAAACGGAUUUCUAAAGCGCCUACACCCUAGUUGAGCUAUCGCUAGUUCCGUGAAAGUAUUUUGAGUGCGGAGAUGUUUGUAAUUACAUUGAUUCUAGUUGGGUGAGAGAAGUUACUAGGGAUGGUCGUUCAACUUUUUGCACACCUCGCGCAGGAGCGAGCUAGACGAAGGACGAGGCGACAUGCCGACGACAGGUUUUUUAAUUUCUGGGGGACACCGG